CGCGAGUAGUGUUGUGACGCCAGCCCCGCGACCUUGCGGACCAUGCGUCUCUUCGGAUUGGUGAACAGACAGCCAAUAGGCCAGCACCCAGGCUGUGAUUGGCCGCGGCCGUGUUGACGGAUACGUGAGAAGAAAACGCCGCGGUAGCUCGGGGACUGGAUUCCGGCGCGAACCUGAGUUCUGAGAAGCGUGGGGGCGCGUGGGGCAGAUACGCGCACCCUUUCGUGGGUGGGGUGUGUGCUUCUGCGCUACGUUGGCGUGGCUGGGCGGCGCGGUCUGGGCUCACUGCCAUCUCCGCCUGCCGCGUUCCAGUGAUUCUCCUGCCCCAGCCUCCCGAGGAGCUGGGGUGACAGGCGCGGCCACCACGCGCGCUAAUUUCUUUGUAAUACAGACGGGCUUUCACCGUGUUGGCCAAGCUGGCCUCGAACUCCUGACCUCCAGGGAUCCGCCCGCCUUUUCCUCCCAAAUUGCUGGGAUUACAAGCGAGAACCACCGCCCCCGGCUCAAAUCAUAGCCUUUCUUUUUCUCUGUUUUCUCUGUCGCCCCGGGUGGCGUGCACUGGGCGGUCUCGGCUCGCUGCAGCCUCCGCCUCCCGGGGCUCGGGCCAUCCUCCUCCUUCAGCCUCCCGUAGCCACCGCGCCUGGUUGAUUUCUGUAGAGACAGGAUCUCGUCAUGUUGCCCGGGCUGGUCUCGAACUCCUGGGCUCCAGCGAUCCGCCCGCCCCGGCCUCCCAAGCGCUGGACCCACAGGGCGAACCCCGCGCCCCGCCGCCAGCUGCUUUCUGGAGGCCCCCGGGGGGGCGCUCCCUGCCUCCCUCCGUUCUCUGGCGUCCGGGCCCCGGAGGGGGACAUACGCCCCCAGUUACCCAACAGCUCGGGACACUGCCGAGCGCAUCGCGUUUUCCAGAAACGCCGAGCCACGCCCUCCACUCCUAGACUAGAUGAGCAGAGCCCAGCGAAGGCCCUGGCUGAGACCGCCCGCGGGGGAAACGCCCCGCCCCGAGAUGCGUGGGAGAGAAGGAGGCGGCGGUCCUCCUCCACCUGGAGGGCCCCCCGCGGGAUCGGGGUUGUGACAGCGCGCCCUCGACACACAGGGGGCCCGUCGCCGGCCCUGCGCCGCUGCCCCUCCUUCCCUCUCGGAGAGCAGAAGAACCCGGGCCCCGGCGCUCGGGUGUCAGAGCCGCUAGUGCGCGCCCGAGCGCCUUCGGCUCUUUCCGGCCGCUUGGGGCGGUUCGGACGUCGUCGGCGCAGCCUCGCUCACCUUCGGCUGUUUCCGCGUUCCUGGCGCGCCGUUGUCCCGGCAACGCGCGGCGGCUCAGCGGCCAGGCCGAGAAACAUUUUCACAGAGCAAACUGUUAGACGCUGAUUUCCCAUCGCCCAGGAUUUAUAACGUUGGCUGGUUGCAACAUGUAAAAACGCAUUUGGAGAGAAAGUCCCAGCUGCUUGGGAGACUGGGGCAGGAGGAUCACUUCAGCUACAGGGAGCUGUGAUCACGCCGCUGCUCUCCAGCCUGGGGGCCUCUCUCUAAACCAGUUUCGGUGCUGAGCAGGCCUGAGUUCCGUCAUGGCCCUCUAUUUUGACCACCGGAUAGAAGCCCCAGAUGCAGCAGGGUCACCCUCACACAUCAGCUGGCACCCCGUCCAUCCGUUCCUGGCAGUCGCCUACAUCAGCACCACCUCGACAGGCAGUGUGGAUAUUUACCUGGAGCAGGGGGAGUGCGUGCCGGAUACACAUGUCGAGAGGCCGUUCCGGGUUGCUUCCCUGUGCUGGCACCCGACGCGGCUGGUGCUAGCUGUGGGCUGGGAGACUGGAGAAGUGACGGUGUUUAACAAGCAGGACAAGGAGCAGCACCCAGUGUCCCCGACACACACGGCUGACAUCACCGUGCUCAGUUGGAGCCCUAGUGGGAACUGCCUGCUGUCUGGAGACAGGCUUGGUGUCUUGCUCUUGUGGAAGCUGGACCAAAGGGGCCGAGUGCAAGGGCUGCCCCUGCUGAAACACGAGUAUGGGAAACACCUCACACACUGCAUCUUCCGGCUCCCGCCUCCUGGCGAGGACCUGGUUCAGUUGGCAAAGGCAGCUGUGAGCGGCGACGAGAAGGCUCUGGACAUGUUUAACUGGAAGAAGAGCAGCUCUGGACGCUUGCUGAAGUUGGGGUCUCAGGAGGGGCUGUCGUUCUUUGUCAGUCUGAUGGAUGGGACGGUGCACUAUGUGGAUGAGAAUGGCAAGACCACUCAGGUGGUAUCUGCAGACAGCGCAAUCCACACACUGUUUUACGUGGAGAAGAGGGAGGCGCUGGUGGUGGUCACGGAGAACCUCCGGCUGUCCCUGUACAUGGUGCCUCCUGAGGGCGAGGCAAAAGAAGUGAUGAAGGUCAAGCUGAGCGGGAAGACCGGCCACCAGGCAGACAUCACUUUGAUUGAUGGCAGCCUUCUCGUGAUGGCCGUCGGGGAGACUGCCCUCAGAUUCUGGGAUAUAGAACGAGGAGAGAAUUACAUACUGAGUCCAGACGAGAAGUUUGGCUUUGAGAAAGGAGAGAAUAUAAACUGUGUUUGUUACUGCGAAGUCAAAGGUCUUCUGGCCGCUGGCACUGACAGAGGACGAGUAGCCAUGUGGAGAAAAGUACCAGGCCUCCUGGGCAGCCCUGGGGCAGAGGGCAGGGACAGGUGGGCCCUUCAGACCCCUACUGAGCUCCAAGGAAACAUCACGCAAAUCCAGUGGGGCUCCAGGAAGAACCUGCUGGCGGUGAACAGCGUCAUCUCCGUAGCCAUCCUCAGCGAGCAGGCCAUGUCAUCACACUUCCACCAGCAGGUGGCUGCCGUGCAGGUCUCCCCGAGCCUGCUGAAUGUGUGCUUCCUGUCCACGGGGGCAGCACACAGCCUGCGCACCGACAUGCACGUCAGCGGGGUGUUUGCCACCAAGGAUGCUGUCGCAGUCUGGAACGGAAGGGAGGUGGCGAUAUUUGAGCUUUCCGGAGCCACGAUACAGAGUGCAGGGACCUUCCUGUGUGAGACACCCGUGUUAGCCAUGCAUGAAGAAAGCGUUUAUACGGUGGAGCCAAACCGAGUUCAAGUUCGAACCUGGCAGGGGACUGUCAAACAACUCCUCCUUUUCUCGGAGACUGAGGGGAACCCAUGCUUCUUGGACAUCUGUGGGAACUUCCUGGUUGUAGGGACAGACCUGGCUCACUUUAAAAGCUUUGAUCUUUCCCGAAGGGAGGCAAAAGCACACUGCAGCUGCAGGAGCCUGGCGGAACUGGUCCCCGGGUCGGGCGGCAUCACUUCUCUGCGGUGCAGCAGUAGCGGGAGCACGAUCAGCAUCCUCCCCAGCAAGGCCGACAACAGCCCCAGUUCCAAAAUCUGCUUCUACGACGUUGAAAUGGACGCAGUGACAAUCUUCGACUUCAAGACUGGACAGAUUGAUCACAGAGAGACGCCGUCCUCUCAUGAGCAAGAGACUAAUAAGAGCUACCUUUUUGCAGAUGAGGGGCUGAAAAAUUAUGUCCCUCUGAACCACUUCUGGGACCAGAGCGAACCCCAGCUGUUUGUCUGCGAAGCCGUGCAGGAGGUGCCGGGCUCCCAGCCACAGUUUGCAGACGGGCAACCGCACGACGGGAACGCCAGCCCCAGGGCAGAUGUUUUGAUUCUGUCCUUCUUCAUUUCUGAAGAGCACGGCUUCCUGCUUCAUGAGAGCUUCCCGCGGCCUUCCGCCUACCACAGUCUUCUGGGGAUGGAAGUGCCCUACUACUACUUCACAAGAAAGCCUGAAGAAUCGGACAGAGAAGACAAGGUAGAGUCUGGGUGCCACCACAUUCCUCAGAUGGUCGCCAGGAGACCCCUGCGAGACUUCGUGGGGCUGGAGGACUGUGACAAGGCCACACGGGACGCCAUGCUCCACUUCAGCUUCUUCGUCACCAUUGGAGACAUGGAUGAAGCCUUCAAAUCCAUCAAACUCAUCAGAAGGUCUCUGGUGAUGUUUGAGAAUGGCGUGCGCUGGAUGACUUUGACUCCGUGCGCUCCAUGGGGCAGGACCUCAGGGCACAGAGACGUGCAGCGACAUCGUGCCGGCCUCGGCGACGUCGGAAACCCCGAAGGUGGCCUGGCGUGCGUGCGGAAGCAUGCUGCGUGCCGCUGUCUUCCCUGGCCGCCCCACCCCAACCCUAGACUGGUUCUUGGGAUGCAGCUUGGGGCAAGUGAGCUGUGCAAGUUGCAAGAGGAUGUUUUAAGCAUCGUCCAAAGGGCUGAGCAGGCUCCAGAAGGAGCAGUGGAUGCAGGCAGCUCAGCCUCCAGGCUGGCGGGCAGCGAGGCCGUCUGGGAGAACAUGGCGCGCAUGUGCGUGAAGACUCAGCGGCUGGACGUGGCCAAGGUGUGCCUGGGGAACAUGAGCCACGCCCGUGGGGCCAGAGCACUGCGCGAGGCAGAGCAGGAGCCAGAGCUGGAGGCCCGCGUGGCCAUGUUGGCCAUGCAGCUAGGCAUGCUGGAGGACGCCGAGCAGCUGUACAGGAAGUGCCAGCGCUAUGACCUCCUGAACAAGUUCUACCAGGCCUCGGGCCAGUGGCAGAAAGCCCUCAAGGUAGCUGAGCGCCAUGACCGCGUGCACCUGCGCCGAACCUGCCACCACUACGCCAAGCACCUGGAGGCCAGCGCCGACUACAGCCAGGCCCUCAGCUACUACGAGAAGUCGGACACGCACCGCUUCGAGGUGCCCAGGAUGCUGUUGGAGGACCUGCCGUCCCUGGAGCUCUAUGUGAAUAAGAUGGAGGAUAAGACCCUGUGGCGGUGGUGGGCACAGUACCUGGAGAGCCAGGGUGAGAUGGACACCGCGCUGCACUACUACCAGCUGGCCCAGGACCACUUCUCCCUGGUCCGCAUCCACUGCUUCCAGGGCAACAUCCAGAAGGCUGCGCAGAUAGCCAACAAGACGGGAAACCUGGCGGCCUCCUACCACCUCGCCCGCCAGUAUGAGAGCCAGGAGGAGGUGGGGCAGGCAGUGCACUUCUACACCCAGGCGCAGGCCUUCAAGAACGCCAUCCGCCUGUGCAAGGAGAACAGCCUGGACGGCCAGCUCAUGAACUUGGCCCUGCUCAGCUCCCCAGAGGACAUGAUCGAGGUGGCUCGAUACUAUGAGAAGGCCACGCAGGUGGACAGGGCGGUCAUGCUGUACCACAAGGCUGGCCACCUCUCCAAGGCCCUGGAGCUGGCCUUCGCCAGCCAGCAGUUCAUGGCCCUGCAGCUCAUAGCGGAGGACCUGGACGAGACGUCAGACCCCGAGCUUCUGGCCCGCUGCUCCGACUUCUUCAUCGAGCACAGUCAGUACGAGAGGGCGGUGCAGCUGCUGCUGGCUGCCAGGAAGUAUCAUGAAGCCCUGCAGCUGUGCCUGGAGCAGAACAUGACUAUCACCGAGGAGAUGGCUGAAAAGAUGACCGUGUCCAAGGACUCCACGGACCUGCCUGAGGAGUCGCGGCGGGAGCUGCUGGAGCAGAUAGCAAACUGCUGCAUGCGCCAGGGCAGCUACCACCUGGCCACCAAGAAGUACACGCAGGCUGGGAACAAGCUGAAGGCCAUGAGAGCACUGCUCAUGUCUGGAGACACGGAGAAAAUCACGUUCUUUGCGAGCGUGUCCAGGCAGAAGGAAAUCUACAUCAUGGCUGCCAACUACCUGCAGUCCCUGGACUGGCGCAAGGAGCCGGAGAUUAUGAAGAACAUCAUCAGCUUCUACACCAAGGGGCGGGCUCUGGACCUCCUGGCCAGCUUUUACGAUGCUUGUGCCCAGGUGGAGAUUGAUGAAUACCAGAACUAUGGCAAAGCUCACGGGGCGCUGACCGAGGCUUAUAAGUGCCUGUCCAAGGCCAAGGCCAAGAGCGCCCUGGACCAGGAGACCAGGCUGGCUCAGCUGCAGAGCAGGAUGGCACUGGUGAAGAGGUUCCUCCAGGCCCGAAGGACAUACGCAGAGGACCCCAAGGCGUCCAUCAAGCAGUGCGAGCUGCUCCUGGAGGAGCCGGACCUGGACAGCACUGUUCGCAUUGGGGACGUCUACGGCUUCCUGGUGGAGCGCCAUGUGCAGACGGAGGAGUACCAGACGGCCUACAGGUUCCUGGAGGAGAUGCGGCGGCGGCUUCCCUCGGCCAACGUGUCCUACUAUGUGAGCCCACAGGCUGUGGAGGCCGUGCACCAGGGACUGGGUCUCCCACUGAUGCACGCUGCGCCCGAGCGGGUCCGACACAACAGCAUGGAGGACCCCAGGGAGCCGGACGAGGAGGUGGUGGAAGAGGCCGACGACCCCUGAUGGGCCUGGGCCCAGGGGCCUGCGUGCUGCUGCAGGAAGGCAUCUUCCAGAAUUCUCCAGCGGCCAGCUGCAGCACAGCCAGCUUUUUUGCUGGGAAAAACCAUGUCUGUGUUGGAAUAUGCAAGAGAGCUGAGGGAAGAUGCCAUGGCCUGGGCCGGGGGAGGUGACCCAUCUGCAUCUUGCUCCGCCCCACCCGCCUCUGGGUGCCCAGCAGCUCUGGUAGAUUUCUGGAUUUGUUCUUUUAAAGGAAGUCGGGUUCACUCUUCCACUGUAGUCUCCCAACUAUACAUUGUAAAGCCUGAGAAACUUCUAGAACCUCAGGAAUGGGGGCUGCAGCUGGAGGGCUGAGGCACCUGUCCCCGUUCCCACCAUAUCCUCCCCACACUCCCGCAGGGCCCGUGGCUCCUGAGCAACAGCUGGGACACCCAGAUGCUCGUGGCCACAGCCCCUGCUAGGCUCUGCCCACCAGCCACCAACACUCAUUUAAUUCUAAUAAAGUAGUUUAUUUUCUGAGA